CUCUUCAUCAGUCUUUGACUCUCUCUCUCUCUCUCUCUCUCUCUCUCUCUCUCUUUCUCCACCGCGUACAAUGAAAGGUCUUUCCGGCCUUUAUAAAGUCGCUGACCUUCCUCUGUUUCCAUCUCAAAGUUACAGCGAUUUCUCAACUGUCUUCCCAAUUCCAUCGCCCGCUCUCGACUCGCAGAUUUUCCUGCAGAUGAGAAAAUGGGCAUCCAGCUGCGAAUGUCGCGGACCCUGAGGUACUACCUGUCCGAACACCCUUCCAUCGUCAACUUCCGGUGGAGCCACCACCUCUGGGGCUCCACCUGGUCCUUCCUCCUGGCCGCCGUCGCAGCCUACGUCGCCGCCGCCUUCCUCCUCCUCCUCCUCCUCCUCCUCCUCCUCCCCAGGCGCCGCCCCGUCCCCCUCGGGCCCCUCCCCGCCCUCCACAGCCUCGCCGUCGCCGCCGCCUCCGCUGUCGUCUUCGCCGGCAUGCUCCUCUCCGCCUCCGCCGAGAUCCGCGACACCCGGUGGCUGUGGCGGCGCUCCCGCACCACCCCAAUCCAGUGGCUCCUCUGCUUCCCCCUCGGCACCCGCCCCUCGGGCCGCGUCUUCUUCUGGUCCUACGCCUUCUACCUCUCCCGCUUCCUCCACCUCCUCCGCACCUUCCUCACCGUCCUCCGCCGCCGCCGGCUCACCUUCUUCCAGCUCUUCAACCAGUCCAUCCUGCUCUGCAUGUCCUUCCUCUGGCUCGAGUUCUCGCAGUCCUUCCAGGUCCUCGCCAUCCUCUCCACCACCCUCCUCUACGCCGUCGUCUACGGCUACCGGUUCUGGACAGCGAUCGGCCUCCCCGGCGCGAGGUUCCCGUUCGUCGUGAACUGCCAGGUGGUGUUGCUGGGCUACACCCUGAUUUGCCAUUUCGCCGUCCUGUUCCUGCAUUUCUUGAAAGGCGGGUGCAAUGGGAUCGGAGCUUGGGUGUUCAAUUCGGUGCUCAAUGGCGCCAUCCUGCUCUUGGUGUUGAAGUUCUACGUGAAGGUGCAGCUGAAUUACCGGAAGGUCGGUGCGGUGCCGGAGCAAGAGGACGGGUCGUCGGCGGCGGCGCACGCGGGUUCUCCUGUCUCGGAGACGAAGAUUUCGACAGAGAAAGAUCAUUGAUUGGUUCUGAUCUCUCCGAUCUCAUCUUUUGGGCGCAUCUGUCGGUUUGAUUUUGUGAGGGAGUUGCGCGUCAAAAGGGCAGAUUGGCCAAGACAAGAUUAUGUGGUCAACGACAGAAUAACGUGAAAGCG